AUGGACUCCCAUGCAGCCUGGGACGACGAAUGCGAUGACACGCUGCCCUCCGACAUCCUGACUCCGGCAACCACCCGAAGCGGCUACACGCGCUUCGACGAAUUUGCGCCUGCCGAGAACACCACCUGGGAGGACCCAAUGAUCCCUCCUAGAAGAGAAAACCCAAACGACCCCAUCGACGCAUUAGUGGCCUCGCAGGACGACUGGGUCUCUGCCACCGACUUGGUCACCGAGUACGACUACCUCCCGCUGCAGAUCAAGGGCGGCGAGGCUAAGAUGACCGACCUGAUGAUCGCUAAUAUCGCCGAGAUCGCGCGGUCGGAAGAGGCACAACUCAAGGCCGAAGUGAAGGAGCUACUGUCAGGCGUCUGGGGGUUCCUUGGGUUCAACGACUACGCCGCCGAAGAACUCAACACACAGGCCACCCUGCUGGUGCUGACGGCUGAGGUAUGA